GAAUGUAGGAAUAAUAAAAUAAAAUAAAAUACUAAUAGUGCUAGUUUCUACGGCAUUUUAUACGUAUUGUAAAUAUAAAAAAUAGAAAAUGCAAGGGGUUUCGAGUCUUGUUAAAUCAACAAUACCUAAUUACUUAUCAAAUUUGCCAAUACCAGACUCUUUUACCGGAUGGUUUAAAUUAUCAUUCAGGGAUUGGGUUACUUUAAUACCACCUACAGCUGUUCUUGCCGGAGUAGGUUACAUUUCUUAUUUAGCAUUUUGUCCCGCAGCGAGGAAAUGUGGUGAAAGUGGUCGCUGUAAUCAGAAGGUUAGAAAACAUGAGGCUAAAGUUGUGGACAUGAUUGAUAUAGAAAAUAUAGCAGAAAAGGCUGCCUUCUGUCGCUGUUGGAAAACCAAUAAUUGGCCUUACUGCGACGGAAGUCAUACUAAACAUAAUAAUGUAACAGGAGAUAACGUUGGUCCGCUGGUGAUCAAAGCAAAAUAGAUUCACUAAAGUUGCAUUUGAUACAUAUAUAUCAAAACUUUUCAAUAAAGAAUUGAGUUAUAAAAAUCUGCAAGAUAA